GUCCGGGCGUGAAUGAUUUUGAUGCAGCAGCUAUUCGUGCUAAUCAUUCAAUGCCCCCACGAUGUGGAUUAUUCUAUUUCGAAAUUAACAUUAUAAAUAAAGGAGAGGACGGUAUUGGAUUUUGCAAAGAGCGAAGUCGUUUAAAUAGAUUACCUGGCAA